GGAAAGGGAGGAGAGAUUGAGAACGGCCCGUCUCCAGGGCCGCCCCACGCCUCGGCCAGGCCGCGUCCCGCCCCGUCUCCAUGGCAACGGCGUGGCCGCGGCGGAGCAGCGCAACACCGUAUCCGCAGCCCUGAGCCCUGGGAGCGGCCGGCAUGUCGCAGGCCACCUACAAUAAGAUAUGGACAAAUGCCCAGAAAGACCUUGACACCCAACUCCAGACAGAGAGAGAACAGUUCCUCCAGCCGGAGAAGGACCGUGUGAAAGCAUUCAGGAUGCUGUCCGCUUCCUACAUCAAAUACCUGCAGAUCUUCCAUCACCUGGAGGAGGCCCACAGCCACCUCAUUCACCAGCAGAAACAGGCAGCGAUUCGGCAAGUGCUGGAUGGAGUGAUUGGUCGGAUCCUGGAGGUGAAGAAAGAGAUGGUGGAGCUGGAGAACUCGGAGUUUCAUUACACUGAUAAUAUCAUUGAAGAUCUAAAGCUUCUCCCGGAAGACACAGAAAUACCUAUCCCAAAGUAUUUUAUUAAGGAGAAUCUGGAAGGGUUGCAGAAGAGAGAGAAAACUCUGGAUGAGAUUUUGUUGAAUGCUGGAUUGGAAACACAGAAACCUGUCAAGGCCAUGACAUUUGAAGAAGCCAUUAAAAUGAUCCAGGUGGCAGAGCGGGCUCGCCAAGGCAGGCGUCGAGCAUUAUUCAUGAAGCAAAUCUACCUUGAAGAGAAGAGAAAAAGACAUACAAAACUUCAGGAACAGACUGGUCCAAAUCCAGAUGACGCUGCCACCUGCAUUCAAAAGGUUUGGCGAGGAUAUAUCCAGCGCAAGAAAACAGAGAAAAUGAGAGAAGAGGAAAUGAUAUUUCUGGGGAUGAGCUUUCCUCCUCACUUGAAUGCCCUUCACAGUACCCCACAGAUGCACACCAAGCAAGAAGGUGCCCUGCAAGGUGAGGUCCAGGGGAGACACGAGGAGGAAUUCAUCAAGGAACAGCUGCGAGAAACAGAGGGGCUCGACAUCAGGGAAACUCUCCAGGAUCAGAUCAGCCAGUGCUUCAUCGAGUGUCGGCAUAUCAUAGGCAGGUUUCCUGAUUAUCCAGCAAAAGAAGCAGGAGGUUCAAUGGCUAUUUUUUCUCAAAAAACUCCAGAGCAGGUUGCUGCAGAGCUGGCUGACCAAAGGGAAAUGGCUUUGCAGAAGAAAUCCGAAAAGGAAAAAAGGAAAAAGGAAAAAGGAAAGGAAAAAGCAAAAGGAAAGAAGACACAGAAAACAGGAAAGAAAGAAGAGGAUGAGGGCUGGAAAAUGGCUCCAAGUAAUUUCCUUCCAAUAUUGGAGGAAGGAAACAGUCAAUACAAAGCCGUUUGGCAGAACAGAGACGAAGGAAGGGAUUUCCUCCAGGAUCAUGACCCAGAGCUGAUCAAAGCAGAGAAACGGGAAGAAGUGGAGGAAGAGAUCAGAGUGCAGGUGGAUGAAUUGAUGCAACAAAGGCUGGAGAAUCUCAAGCUGGCCGUGGAUGGAGAGAAGAGUAGCAAAAAGAAAAAAGGGAAAAAAAAAAAGAAGGCAGGGAAGAAGAAAAUAUCCGAGCUGGAGGAAGACCUAACUCCUGACAGGACCAUCGAUUCUCUGUACAGGGAACUGGCAGAAGGAGGAGUACUAAUAAAAGCCAAGCCAGUGAAUCUCUCCGACUAUGUUGGUGAAUACAGCUAUCUGGGGACCACUCUGCAUCAGGUGGAUGUAGAGCCCAUGCCCUCUCUCGCCGAUAUCAGACAGCUAAUAGCACUGUAUGGAAUACUGCCAUUAGGCUCCCAAACAGUCCAUGAGAAGGCUCCUUUGGUGAAAGCCUUGUUACUAGCUGGCCCCACUGGUGUUGGAAAGAAGAUGCUGGUCCAUGCUAUCUGCACAGAAACAGGAGCCAACCUCUUCAACCUUUCCCCUUCCAACAUCACUAGGAAGUACCCAGGCAAGAACGGCCUGCAGAUGAUGCUCCACAUGGUUCUCAAGGUGGCCAAGCAGCUGCAGCCUUCAGUCGUGUGGAUCGGAGACACGGAGAAAACAUUCUACAAAGCAGUGCCCAAGGCUGAAGAACAGAUGAAUCCGAAACGUCUGGAAAAGAUUCUCCCCAAAUUCCUGAAGGCUUUGAAAGCAGAGGACAGAGUGCUGCUGGUGGGGACCACCAGCCGGCCCUUUGAUGCUAAGAUCAAACCUUUCUGCAAAGUUUACCAAAAAAUCAUCCUGAUCCCCCGGCCUGACUAUGCUUCAAGAUUUGUGUUAUGGAAACACGCCAUCACCCAGCGUGGUGGAGAGAUCACCAAGCUGCUGAGCAUCAGCUGCCUGGCCAAGCUGUCGGAUGGCUUCACCCAGGGCUGCAUCGUGAGGGCAGUGCAGGCAGUGCUGAGCGAGCUGCGCCUCUUACAGAUGGUCAGGAAGCCCUUAUGCACUGCUGAGUUCCUCACCCCGCUGGCCAGCCAGGACCCCGUAUACAAUGAGGAGGAGGAAACAUUUAAGGCUUGGUAUGCCAAGACACCGCUGGGUCGAGCACGAAGCAAAGCAGUGGCAAAGAGCGAGAAAGCAGGAAAAGGAAAAGGGAAAAAGAAAUAAGAAGAUGAAGGAAAAGAGACAACACCAACUUCCUCCAGAAUUCUGUGUCUGGAGACAGGGGAGAUGUUAGGAAAGCAGGCAUUCUGGAAUAAAGCAUCACAAGUUACGGCUGUCUCGGGAAAGAGAACUCAUUUCUGAAUGUAUUUUUAAAUGUUAAAGAAUAGGAUGGGACAUCAAUGUGAGGAGUAGCUCUCAGAGGAUAAAGAGUUAAUGACCAUCGACUUGCUCAAGCAUUAUUUAUUCCAAGAGGUUUUAGGGGGCAGAGGGGUUCAUUACUCAGAACUGUAACAUGCCAUCAACUUUUAGGCUACCCUCAUUUAUUUCAGCAAGUAACUCUCCUUAAAAAUUGAUGUCACGUUAAUGUCUUUCAUUACUUUAAUAUCCUAUAUGCUUUAUAAAACUAACUGCUUUAUAUAUCUGUAAGUCUAAUGUGUUACAGUUCUCAAUAAAACUAUUA